CCUGCCUCCCGGCGGGUGAGGUGCACGCGGAUCCGCAGGGGGGGCUCCGUGAGCGGCGGGACCACGCAGCCACCUGUGAGCCUGCCGCAACUGCGGGCGGCGGCGGCGGCGUGCCCGGCCGGAGACUGGAGGAGACGCUCGGCGGACCCCGCCCGCCGGCCCGCCGGGCGCACACACAGGCGCACACACACUCGCUCCCGCGCGCACACGCACAGCCAGCAGCGGCCACCGCCGCGAUGCUCGCCGGCAGGUCGGGGAAGUUUCCCGCCGGCCUCGGCCGCGGGCGCCGGUGCUCCCAGGUGUAGCGCCCCCGCGCGGCGCGGGCGACCCGGCGCCUCCAGCAUGACCGGCCAGAGCCUGUGGGACGUGUCCGAGGCCAACGUCGAGGACGGCGAGAUCCGCAUCAACGUAGGCGGCUUCAAGCGGAGGCUGCGCUCCCACACGCUGCUGCGCUUCCCCGAGACGCGCCUGGGCCGCCUGCUGCUCUGCCACUCGCGCGAGGCCAUCCUGGAGCUCUGCGACGACUACGACGACGUCCAGCGGGAGUUCUACUUCGACCGCAACCCGGAGCUCUUCCCCUACGUGCUGCAUUUCUAUCACACCGGCAAGCUGCACGUCAUGGCCGAGCUGUGCGUCUUCUCCUUCAGCCAGGAGAUUGAGUACUGGGGCAUCAACGAGUUCUUCAUCGAUUCCUGCUGCAGCUACAGCUACCACGGCCGCAAAGUGGAGCCCGAGCAGGAGAAGUGGGAUGAGCAGAGCGACCAGGAGAGCACCACGUCCUCCUUCGAUGAGAUCCUCGCCUUCUACAACGACGCCUCCAAGUUCGACGGGCAGCCCCUGGGCAACUUCCGCAGGCAGCUGUGGCUGGCGCUGGACAACCCUGGCUACUCCGUCCUGAGCAGAGUCUUCAGCAUCCUGUCCAUUCUGGUGGUGUUGGGGUCCAUCAUCACCAUGUGCCUCAACAGCCUUCCGGACUUCCAAACCCACGACAGCCAGGGCCACCCCGGUGAAGACCCUAGGUUCGAAAUUGUGGAGCACUUUGGCAUCGCCUGGUUCACCUUUGAGCUGGUGGCUAGGUUUGCUGUGGCCCCUGACUUCCUCAAGUUCUUCAAGAACGCCCUAAACCUUAUUGACCUCAUGUCCAUCGUCCCCUUUUACAUCACUCUGGUGGUGAACUUGGUGGUGGAGAGCACCCCUACCUUGGCCAACUUGGGCCGGGUGGCUCAGGUCCUAAGGCUGAUGCGGAUCUUCCGUAUCUUGAAGCUGGCCAGACACUCCACUGGCCUCCGCUCCCUGGGGGCCACCUUGAAAUACAGCUACAAAGAAGUAGGGCUGCUCCUGCUGUACCUGUCUGUGGGGAUCUCCAUCUUCUCCGUGGUGGCCUACACCAUUGAGAAGGAGGAGAAUGAAGGCCUGGCCACCAUCCCUGCCUGCUGGUGGUGGGCUACUGUCAGUAUGACCACAGUGGGGUAUGGGGAUGUGGUCCCAGGGACCACAGCAGGAAAGCUGACUGCCUCUGCCUGCAUCCUGGCAGGUAUCCUUGUGGUGGUGCUGCCCAUCACCUUGAUCUUUAAUAAAUUCUCCCACUUUUACCGGCGCCAAAAGCAACUGGAAAGUGCGAUGCGCAGCUGUGACUUUGGAGAUGGAUUGAAGGAGGUCCCUUCAGUCAAUUUGAGGGACUACUAUGCCCAUAAAGUUAAAUCCCUCAUGGCAAGCCUGACGAACAUGAGCAGGAGUUCACCGAGUGAACUGAGUUUAAAUGAUUCCCUACAUUAGCUGGGAGGACUUGUCACCCUCCAUCCCACAUGGAUGAGCUGCCUCUUGUGCCUCUGGCACAGACUAGGCACAUUAGGGUUAUGGCAUAAGGAGUAUGCCCAGCCCCACAGGGAAGAGAUGCAUGGGCUCUGCACCCAGGCUUCUUUUACAGUAGCUAGGAUCACCGUCGGAGGUGGUGUGCCUGACACCAUGCCUGUGCACCUUGCGAUGAAAUCACACUCACUGGUCUUUGCAUCGUGGGCAUAAAAUGUUCACCUUUCUGCCAGAUGAGGACACACCCAGAAUGCUAAUUUUUCUGUUCUUUGUGUACACUAUUCUAGUGCUUGUGGCCUGGUACUGUCUGUGAGUUGUUGUGCUCCUGUUUCUGAGGUUGUCAUGUGAGUUCUGUACAAAAAGCCCCCACGAGUCUGUCCAGUGAAAAUGCAUCUGUGAGGUCAGCAGGGAUAUCGCGGGAUUUUGCUCACAGUCAUGUGAAAACAAAAUCUCAGUUCUUUAUCCAUUGCUUUCAUUUAGUUUUAAUGCCAAAACAAAGAGAAUGCAAAAUUCAGCACACUUGCCCGAUGCAGGUCUGUAAAUUGUCUUUAUAAAUGAUCUGUAGCUCUGCGGCUUGCAUGGGUGCCCCGAUCAUUUUUAGAGCAAUGGACACUGAUGUUCAUCUCGUAAAUGUCGCUCUUUAGAGAAUGUUACUUAGUUAAACGUGUUGUAAAGAUUGAAUGUUUUUUUUCCCCAAGAACUGAUGUAUUAGGGACAGGGGCUUCAGCUAAGCAGUUCAAACACCAGGACACCUAAAGCUAAGUCAGUGAAGGCUGUGCCCUUUCCCCCAUGGUCAAGCCUCCAUCCUUCCUAUGGCAACCAUAGAGACGUGUAUUAUUUCUGGCUGAGGCUCCUGGUCUAGGGCAUUCGACCAAAUUUUGCUUGUCUUAGGUAGUAGCAUGUUUUGGAAAUAUUUAUUUUUUAAGAUGUUUAGGAAUAAGGUCGUGUUUUGUCUUUUUCAGCUAAAAAAAAAAAAAAAAAGGUUUACUGUUGUUUCAUCUCCCUGAGGUGAACAUUAUUGUGUUGCCAGCAAGGGCAGCAGCUUCAAAACUUUUGUUGCCUGCUCUGAAAGCUCAAAAAACGACAGCCCUUUUAUUUCCAAGCAGAAUUUACUCAAAUAAUUUUGCUGCUUGGGUAUAGUUAUUGUAUAUGAUGCUAUGAUUGCCCUGGAGUUCCUGCCAUGCCAUGGAAACCUGGUAGUAUGGAAGUAUAUACUCAAAAUAGACUUGUGCUUGAAGGUUGUGCCAUAGUGGCUUAGCCAGGGUGGAAACACUGCAGUUUUAAUUUCCAUUCCAGCUGCCUUUUUUGGGGGGGGGAGGGAGAAUAGGUAGACCAGGAGAAAGGGAAGAGUCAUAAACAUCAUAAAUAAUUG